CUCACUGGCGCGCUUCGCAUUAACGCAUUUUUCUCGUUCCAUGGGUGUGAAGACCAGCGGAUCAUACGACACAACCGCCUGCUGUGCGCAGGCAGUGAUAGUCAUGGUGAAAAGCUAUGAUCAUGCUCGUUUAUAAUGAUCAGAUAACGUUUACAGGUGCUUUCAUAUCAGGCUGGCUCAGUUCCAAAAUUAAUACAAGAUUACGCUUUGCUCGGAUUUAAGUGACUUGUUAAUAAGCACAACUGACAUAGUUUCUUUCUGCACCCUGCCACCAAUAGAUGCGGACUCUUCCUAAAAUGCGUUUGAAAGGCAUAUUUUUACUCCUGUCUUUGGGAGCGUUCACCGCAUAUUAUGUUUACCAGCCCAUCCCGGACAAGAUAGAGGAGAGAUGGAAACUCAUGUUGACCGACUGCUUCUUCAGAAGUCUCAGCCACCUGGCAGACUUCAGUGAACUGGUGGGGAUGAAGGACUACAUGGGGGUGAUGAUGUUCAUCACCUUUGCUGAGCGGGUGGUGCCCGUGUCAGACCAACAUGUGCACGUCACAGAGGAGCUGUUUGAUGGGGUGGAGGUGGUGGUGUACCAACCCAAACUGCAGGACGGCAACACUGAGCUAAGGAGAGCAGUCAUAUACCUGCAUGGAGGAGGAUGGUGUCUGGGCAGCUCCAGAAUGGGACCAUACGACCUCCUAGCUAGGCAGAUGGUAAUGGAUCUUAACUCUGUGGUCGUGUCUGUAGAGUACCGCCUGGCCCCAGAGCACCACUUCCCUGUCCCGUAUGAGGACGUGUACCGGGUGGUGAAGCACUUCCUCCAGAGGGUGGUGCUGGCCCAGUACACUGUGGACCCAGGACGCAUCGCUGUGUCUGGGGACAGCGCCGGGGGAAACCUGGCUGCAGCCGUGUCCCAGCAGCUGCAGCAGGAUCCAGAACAGCAGCUGCAGCUGAAGGUCCAGGCCCUGCUCUACCCGGUGCUGCAGGCUCUGGACCUCAAUACCCCGUCCUACCAGCAGAACCAGAACAUGCCUAUCCUGCCCCGCACCCUCAUGGUGCGCUUCUGGAGCGAGUACUUCACCAGCGACAAGACCUUCUUCAGGGACAUGAUGGCCAACACUCAUAACAGCCCAGAGUCUGCUGCCCUGCUCAAGUUCGCCAACUGGAGUGCCUUCCUGCCAGAGUCCUACCGGGGGAAGUACAACUACAGCGCUCCGGUCGUGGCGUUGUCGGCGGGAGGGGCGGGGUCGGACAGGCCAUCGCGCUCCAUCGCUGACCCCCGGGCCUCGCCCCUGCUGGUCCCGGAUGCCGCUUUACGCUCGCUACCCAAGGCUUACGUGCUGACCUGUGAGUACGACGUGCUGCGGGACGACGGGGUGAUGUAUGCCACGCGCCUGCGCCACGCCGGCGUGGAGGUGACGCACGAACACUACGCCAGUGGUUUCCACGGCGCCCUCAUGUUCACGGUGUGGCCAACCGACUUCCUGAUUGGACGCACGAUGACGGAAAACUUCAUAAAAUGGCUGCAGCAUAACUUGUAGAAAACAGAAGAAAAGUUACGGUGUUUCAAUGUUCAUUUCUGUUUCCCCUAGCAACUCAGCAGUUGUUUAGGUGCUGCUUUGAUUUUUGUCUUUGUUGUUGUUUUUUCAGUGAUAGACAGUGUUUUUUUUUUUUUUUUUGUGCUUGAAAACUGAUGGAUUUUCCACUCUUUAUGGCACUGCGUCCCAACAACAAUACCAGAUACCAGUCAAAACAGGUUUGUCUGGAUUUUCGAAUCACCAAGGAAACCAAUGAGGCAGAACAACUGAUGCCAGAUGGAAACAUUUGAUGAAGCCAAGUGUUCUACAUUUGAAUUCUGACAUAUCCAUCUGAUGCUGCAGCUGAAUCUCGUCAAAUUUCUAAGUGUUUAAGCAUUAACUCCAAAUUUGUAAGGUUAGGGUUAAGUUUAGGCAUUAACUGCCUUGUGGCGUGGUGUUUGCAACGCCAGGGUUGUGGGUUCGAUUCCCAUGGGGGAUCAGUACAUAAAUGUAUGCGCUCAUUACUUACUGUAAGUCGCUCUGGAUAAAAGCGUCUGCUAAAAUCAUGUAAAAACAAAACUGAAAUCGUAAGGUUAGGCGUUAACUCCUAAGGUUUAGGAUAGGCUUAAAACAAAAAUAACUGUCUAUCACUGGAUUCAAACUUGCAACCUUUGGAAUCAGAGGCAGAUGCUUACGCCCAUCUGCCUUCCCUGUCCACAACACUCUGACAAAACUGAAACCUACUUGAAGGUAUAAGCGCUCAAUGUUGCCCCUAGUGGCCGGUUUCCACGAAUACUGACUUGUAUCACGUGUGACCUGGCUGUUAUUUAGUUGUGUAAAGUACUUAAGUAAUAAUACUUGAAAGUACUACUUAAGUAGUUUUUUGGGG